GCCGGGCGGGGGAGGAGGAGGAAGAGGCGCCCCCUCCCUCGUCACCUGGCCUAACCCGGGCCUGGGGGGCGAGGGGAGGCCAUGAAAGACCUGGCAGAGGCGCCCUGGCCAGUAGAAAUGGGGCAGUGGGCACGAGUGCCAUGCCAACGAGCUGCCCCUGCCUUCCUAGAGCCGCACCUGUUCCAGUUUCUCCCCCUCCCAUUGAGGCAAACACCCCUCAGGGCUGAGAAUUGUUUUUGAAAGGGGGUCCUUUCAAAAACAGUUAUCACCCCUGAGGGGUGUUGCCUCAAAAGGAGGAGGGGCGCGGGGGGGGGGGGAGAAACUGAAAGGGGAACCCCAAAGAGGGAGGGUGAUUUUAAAGGGUUUUGGGUUUUUUUUGAGAAGUUGGAAACCCCUAUAUACUUGUGUGCCUUACAGAGUCAGGAUAUCUUAGGGAGGAGGAAUGCAAGGGAGCCAGGAGUGUUGGCUGGAUUGAAGCUUGGGUUUUGGCAGCUUUCUUCACUGAGGUUGAGUUUGUUUCUUUUCUCUUUUUUUGAAGAAAGAGAGCAACGCUCAGGGAUGGGAAUGGGAGGAAAUGGGAAGCUCCCAAAAAAGGAACUGGAGCCAGAGUGUCGGUGGAAGACGAGAUACAGAGUUAAUGCCAAUCAUACAGAGUUGAUGACAAUAAGGAGACAAAGAGAUGUGAAAAUGCUGUUAUUGAAGUAGGGAAGAACGACUUACAGAGUUAAUGACAAUAAAGAGACAAAGAGAUGCGAAAAUGCUAUUAUCAAACUAGAGCGGUCUGUUUUAGAGAUGGGGUCGCUUGCAUUGCAGUUAUCUGAACCCCUCUGUAGGAUCAAGGACCUGGUCAGGCUUAACUUCUGGAUGUAAAUCCAAAUGGAGCAGUUGGGAAUCAGAGGCCAAAUAGAGCUGUUAAGACAGCAACAGCCUUGGGGGGAGCUGAUCCGGUUAGGAACCGGCGAAGCUGAGCCUCACGUCCUGCUGCUGAAGAAAGAGUGGACGAUUGGAAGGAAAAAAGGUUGUGACUUGUCCUUUCCGGGCAACAAACUGGUGUCUGGAGAUCACUGCAAAAUAACCGUGGAUGAAGAAUCAGGUCAAGUGUCACUGGAGGAUACCAGUACAAAUGGAACGGUUAUCAAUAAACAGAAGGUGGUGAAAAAGCAGAGCUGUCUUUUGCAGAAUGGAGAUGUGAUCUACGUUGUUUACAGGAAAAACGAGCCAGAAAACAAUGUCGCUUAUCUCUACAAAUCCUUGAGCCCAAAACAGGACCCAGCUAACGAGCCAGUAGAAGUCAACAUUGAAAGCCUGUGCCAUGCGACCAAAGAUACCUCAAAUACCGGACAAAGCAAUGAUGGGACCUCAAUGGUGCUGCCACCGUCAGCUAUUCAGCCGCGCUUCGACGACUCACAGCCAUCCACUUCAACAUCCAACCUCUUUAAUGCUGCUUCUACCUCUCCCUCGGAGUUUGUCUCUACUGAGCAGGAUAAUCCCUCAACGUCUGAAACGUGUUGUCCAAAAGAAUCAUGUGAACAAGAGCAGCCAAAUGUAACUGCUGAACCUCCUGACCUUCUUUCAGGGGUCAAAGAGAAAUUGGUAUUGCCGACACCGGAGCAUAAAAGCAGGACCGAAAAGGAAAUCUCUGAGCCUCCUAGGAAGAAAGUAAAAGGAGAUGGUGAUGCCCCCUCGUGUCUUCAGGUGUCUGUUCCCAAUCAAUGUGCAAUUAAAACUGGAUCUGAGGACACAAAGUCGGCAAGUGUGAAGCCAGACAAAAUGGAAGAAACGCUUACCUGCAUCAUCUGCCAGGAACUGCUGCACGACUGUGUCAGUUUGCAACCUUGCAUGCACACCUUCUGCGCUGCUUGCUACUCAGGGUGGAUGGAACGCUCCUCGCUCUGCCCAACGUGCCGCUGCCAGGUGGAGCGCAUUUGUAAAAACCAUAUUCUGAACAACUUGGUGGAAGCUUAUCUCAUCCAGCAUCCAGAUAAGUGCCGCAAUGAAGAGGACGUGCGAAGCAUGGAUGCCCGAAACAAAAUCACUCAAGACAUGCUUCAGCCAAAAGUGAGGCGGUCCUUUUCGGAUGAAGAAGGCAGUUCCGAAGAUCUCCUGGAACUCUCCGACGUUGAUAGCGAAUCCUCAGAUGUUAGCCAGCCCUAUAUCACAUGCAGACAGUGUCCAGGAUCUCGUCAGCCGCCGGCUCAGCCCCCUCUCUCCUCGGGCCAGGAAGGAGACAUAGCAGCAGUGCAGACUUUGGGGGAUGCCCCAUCUACCUCUUCCAACUUUCCAACAGCUGUCCAGGAGUAUGUGUGUCCUUCUCAAGGAAGCCAUGUGAUCUGUGCAUGCUGUUUCCAGCCAAUGCCAGACCGCAGAGCGGAGCGCGAGCAGAAUCCACAUAUCGCCCCUCAGCAAUGCACCAUCUGUCUACAAUCCUUUUGUCACUUGUACUGGGGCUGCACUCGGGUGGCGUGUUUUGGCUGCUUGGCACCAUUCUGUGGGAUAAAUCUUGGUGACAAGUGUCUAGAUGGCGUCCUUAACAACAAUCACUAUGAAUCAGAUAUUUUAAAGGAUUACCUGGCAUCCAGGAAUUUGACAUGGAAAAACAUGUUGAAUGAAAGUCUCCUAGCUCUUCAAAGAGGAGUUUUUGUAUUGUCAGAUUACCGGAUUACUGGAGAAACGGUGCUCUGUUACUGUUGUGGCCUCCGCAGCUUCCGUGAACUGGCUUAUCAGUAUAGGCGGAAUAUUCCUGUUUCUGAAUUGCCAGUAACUGUGACAUCCCGCCCUGACUGCUAUUGGGGGCGCAACUGCCGGACUCAGGUCAAAGCACACCAUGCCAUGAAAUUCAAUCACAUUUGUGAACAGACACGAUUCAAAAAUUGAAGGUGGCUCGGGGACACUGAAAUGAACCCAAUUCGUUCAGCCUGUUAAAAGGGAGAAGAGAGGAAAGGAAGGGGAAAAGCUAGCUCAACAGUAAUUGUUACAUUGUUCCCUUGUAUCAGGGAGUCAGUAACUCACUUCCAUCAGGUACUCUGAUGUGAUACCCGUUUGCAAAGUUUUGCAGCGUAGACUUUUCCCCAUGUGAAAGAGCUCUGGACAGAAAAAUACAUUUGCAAUUACAUGCUUCAUUACAUUUGUCAUGUGACGGCAUCUCUGGAUCAAAGGGUGGUCCCAACAGCAAAUAAUUAGGGGGGCUUUCAGUAGACGCUGAGUGAUUCUGUUGGUUAAAAUAGAUCAAGAGUUGGUGCUGCUCAGUGUAAUGUCUGAAGUGAGCCUCCCAGUGGUGCGGUGCACAAAAUUAUUGCAGUCCUUCCCACUAAAUGCUCAUCUCCUGCAAACUUAGUAGGUAUCAUCACGCCAGACCCCUUUAGCUGUGUCUGCAUGGGUCUUUAUGAAGGGGAUUAGUUGCACAGUUCUAUUCUCCCACUAAUCAGCAUGGGCCACAGUGGCCUUACUGGGCUGCGCAGUUACCAAUGGCAUUGCCAUGAAAGCUGUCCUUCCAUUUCUAUAACAUGGCCUUUUUGAGCAUACCAGUGCCCAAAUAGUACAGUCAGGAUAUAUUCUUUUCUGUGUCACGUGGAAGGAUAAAUCAGGGCCUAGGUUUUUUUUAAAGAAUAAAAUGCUCCCUUGGAAUCCUCCAGGCUGCACCCCUUCUCCCCUCCCCCUUUGAUCAGUUUCCUUGGGGGGGGGGGGUCAAGGGCAAGCCAAAGCUGGGUUGUGUCCCCCUCCCCCAUUUACUAUUGAUAUUCAAUGUACUUGGAACACCUCAGCGCUGACCCACCUUAUGGAAUUUCUAACCUACAUUUACGGUUUACGUAUAUUGAGCCAUUAAGGAGAAACUGCAAUCAUACCUUUGCAGCCACCUUUGCGUUUUCAACCAGCCUUUCUUCUCCUUGCUACUCACGACCCAGCUAUUCUUAACCCAGAAUACCUUUUGCACACAUUUAACUAGAAUUUCCGUUCACAUACAUUCUACCAGAUGGUAGGCCAUUCCAGGUUGUUGGGAGGAGCAGACACGAUUCAGUUGAAGUCAGAGCGUUUGAUCUCAGUGGGACUCCGAAGUGCUCAGCUUCAGUUGACUCUGCCUGUGUUCACUCAGCUUCCUUUCACUCAACAGAGUAUCAGCGGGUUAGUUUGUUUGUUUUGGCUGCUCCUGCUGUAGGCAAUGAUGGUGCUUUAGCAUGGGGGGGUUACCCCCCUUCUUUAUGUAUAGUUUGGGGGAGGGUGAUAAGUUUUUCAUAGAUUUUAGGAUUAGUUAGCACAAAUAACUUGCUAUACCAAAUAGGAAUCAGCUUUGUAAUUAUCAGUGCAGGCACACAUUUUUGUACCCUUUAACUGUCUUAAUUGUAACAACACAACCCUGAGACCGAUUGCAGGGGGAACCAGGGGGUGGGGGUGGGGGGAUGCAGAACAAUUUGCUUUUCUCCCUUUCCCAUCCCUCUCCUUUUGGAAUUGUGGUCUAAGUUUGCAAUAUCACUGUUCAGCAAUAUGGUUGAAUGAUGCUUCUCACUAUAUAUAUAUUUUACAGAAGAGGCGACUUCCAAAAAAGCAUCAUGCCAGUAGGGUUAAAUACCUGUAACCAUCAGCAAAAUCCCUGUCUUCCUUUGCAGCACGAUCUUUGUCAUGUCAGGGUGUGCUUCAAUCUCUGUUCAUGGCCCUUGAGGCCUCAGAGCCCAACCCCAGCCCAAGGCAAGCUCCUGUAACUCAAGAGAGCAUGUGCUUACUUCACCCCUGGGCUGUUUUAAUGUCCUUGUAAGGCCAGCGUGCUACUACCUGGUUCAGUUCACCGGACUGCCCUGGGCACCCCUUUGUCCUUUCUCUUGGUGCCUCUCAACCCCCUGCAGCGUGGGAAGAGGUUGUGAGCAAUCGUCUUUUCUUCGUGUGCCAGAGUCCUACUGGGUCCCACACUAGUCCCUAACUCUGUCCUAUAUGUCUGUUGGCACUCAUUUAUAUGGUAGCCUCUGGCUCGACCUCCGAUGCCUUAGGAGGACAUCACUUGUCACUUCUGGUAGCCGCAGGAAUGACUCCAUUGGCUCUGCUGAGGAACCAGCAGGUGAUGCAUCACUCUGUCCCAUUACAAUCCAUGGGACUUGAGAAGGACUGAACUUUUCUGCUACGGAUUAAUCCAACUUGGAUUACUUUUUAAAAACAAAAAUGCAGGAAUGAUUCUGAAGCACAUUCCCAUGACUUUAACCCAAAAGACAACCAGUGAGUCAGUCCAGGAUACAGUGCCCAGGAUACAGUCCAGGAUACAGUGCCCUAGUAUACUUUAGAGUAGGGGUCUCCAACUUACAGCCUUCCAGUUGUUCAUGGGCUACAAUUUCCACCAGCUCUUCCGUGCCCUGUGCUGGCAGGGGCUGAUGGAAAUUGUAGCCCAUGAACAUCUGGAGGGCUGUAGGUUGGAGACUUAUGCUUUAGAUGAUUGAUAUUGCCAUGAUCUGGAUAUAACAAUCAAGUGGUAGAGCUGUCCCUGGCUUGAAUCACUUCAGCUUGGAGGUGGUGGCUUGCAUGUUUUAAUAUUUCCGUCCCUUCCCCACAUUUAAAAGUAAUAGGUAAGAAAUACAUGUCUGACUCGUCUUCCUGAAGAGCUUGGUGGGUGUGCUUCAAUCUCUGUUGGGGAUGGGUUGUGUUUUUGUUCAUGAGGAUUCAAAAAGCAUGCCUUACCUGAAGCCUGAUCCAGCCCAAUUCAUCCUUCUGGUUUGUAUAAACUGGCUCAGACUCAUUGUUAAAUUGGGGGAGUAUACUUCUAAGCGUGCUUAGGAGCAGUAGCAACCUGAACUAAGCCAAUUCCUUGCUAACAAGGGUUUUUUUUGGAAGCUGGGGAGGGAUUGACUUAAGUAGUGAGUCCAGGAAUAAGGUUCUAGUUAAUAAAACUUAGAGGCAUCAGCUGUAUGUGCUUGUGCCUGGUUGGGGGGGGGGGGGCAGGGAGGUAUGCAUUUCCUAACCUUUUAGAGAUUUUUGCUGGAAGCCCGUAUCUGAUUUUAUCCUACAAAAUACAUAUUGGGAGACAGCUUGUUUCUAGUGAUGGUCCCUGCAUAGUCUAAAAGGUUUAUCCAGGAUAAUUCUUGAGUUUUGCAAACAUACAUUCGUUUGAAUCUAGUACUGCUGGAUUCUUUUGUUUUGAGUUCCCAGGUCUUUGGAAAUAGCUUACAAAUGCACAACUAAUUGUAUCAUCUCAGGCUGAUCGUUCCCAGCUGCUUGGUCUCUGUUUCAGCUCAGGCUGUGCACAUAAACAGAUGUUUAGCACAUGUGGCAAAAGAAGGCCCUUUGUGCGCUGCAUGCAGAGUCGUGCCCUGCAUCCCCCAUUGUUUCCUUUGCUUCGUUUUGGACUGGCUUAUGUGGGGCUCGGUCACAGGACAAAUUGAAUUUAUGGGCAGCUCAAAAAAAGUCAACUUCACUUCCAAACUGUUCAUGCUGGGUACAUCUGUGUGUGUUUUGUGCCCUCUCAGUCCCAUGUUCGAGAAAACAAUCAACUGUCCUGCACAUCAAAACUACCUGUAUGCUGGAGGGCUUCAAAUUUCCCUUUGAUGAAGCCCUCUUUCUUUAUAAAGACUAAAACCUACUUUUCUAUGCAUUAGGAGACUGAAGUAGUGCAAUGAAACGAACAGGAUUUGUUCCCCCCCACCCCUUUUGUGUAUGUUGUAUCUUUUUAUAUAAAGAAAGAGUAAAGGGUUAAUUUACCAUUUGUGGGGUUGAAUUAAACCUGAAUCUUUAAUAUGCUCUUUAAGUGAUAAAGAGUAUUGUUGUUCAUGGGUAUUACAUACUCUUAUAUGUGCUUAGACUUUUAUUUUUUAAUGUGUGGUUUGGCUAAGUGAAAUUCAGUUAAUGUGGUAGCUUCAUAGUUAUUUGAUGUGGUGUUCUUUUAAAAGCAGCUGUAAAUUGUUUGACGUGUUUUUCGCCUCUGUAAAGCACAGGGUGGAUCCUGCCCUGUUUACAAGAGAGAAACACAUGGGACUGUUUGGGGGCAUGGUAUGUUUUAGCUGUGAAAGCCUAGGAGAAUUACGUUAUUCGUGAAGUCCUAGUCAUAUUCUCUGGGAACGUUCUUCUGUAAAGAAGGUGGCACCUCCAUUCUUCCAGCUCUUCUGAGGCAUCUUCAAUGAUUUAAAAGUUUACUUAAUGAAACUGCUUGGUUUUUUGCCCCCCCCCCCCACCUAUUUUAACAAUUCUGUGCUGUUAAAUGCACAUCUGGGUUCUCAUUUGGAAUACAUUUAUGCAAUUCAAGCAA